CUCCCAUGCCAUGCACACAUACACUUAAUCUUCCAUAUCAUUUAGUUUUUACACAUAUUAAUAACAGACAUAACUUGUAUCAAUAUAUACUACAAAAAUAUAUACAAUUGUAUAAUGUCCUAUACUAACAUCUAUAGGAAUGUGGACUUCCUCUCUUCCCAAGAAAGCCCGAAACACCUUAAAAAACCGAAGAGCCUUUCAGAGGACAGUGAUAUAUACCUUGAAGCAGAAGAGAGUUUAUAUGAACCAGUCCAAGGCAAUGAGAAGAUCAAGUGUAGACCAAGUUGGGGGAGUGAUCAGCCAACUCGAGUUCAAAGUGGCAUAUAUGUGCAAGAAGACAGUAUACAUGAGCGUAUGACAGGCAGUAAAAAGACAAAGGCUGGCAAGCACUGGUGGAGACGUCAACCAAUAGGAGGAAAAUACAGGAGGAGACAGAAAUUACUGCUUGCUGGUCUUGUGUUUAGCCUGAUAUUGAUCCUGUAUCUCAUCCUGCUUUGUUACGGCUUGAUUAAGUACUCUGCUUUAGUAUCUGUAAUACAGAACUUAAAAAAUGAACAAACUAAGGCAGAGACUCUAGGCUCCUUCCACAUAUAUAAUGAGGCUCAAAAUAAAUGUGCAGAGGUGUUGCAUUUAGAUUCAUCUCCUAGUGCUUUAGAGCUCACUGCCAACCCCUGCUUAUCAACUGCCCUUUCACAGUUCUUCCGCUGGCUCCCGGGCGGCAGACUUCUAAGUGUGGAGAUUGGUCUUUGUCUUGGAGCAAGAGUCAAGCCUAAGUCCCGACAUGCAGUAAUACUUCAGCCAUGUGAAUCUAAUAGAGCAUUGAGAUGGGUCUGCACAAAUGAGACACUUCUGGGUCCUCACAAUGAAAAGGUUUACUUCAACUAUGGGAACAACCCACAUGGACUUGUCAUGUUUUAUGCGGGUAAUGGUGUUUGGAGUCGAUGGAAAGCACGGGAUCUUGAAGGUGGUUUGAUGGAAGGUGGGGUCUGUGGUCAGAUAUGUGAAUAUCACUAGUAUACAACUAGCUAAUACAGAAGCUGCUUAAUUAUUCAAAAAAAUAUCAAUCAGGGAAGUAUUUAACAAGCACUGUACCUUAGAGAAAAAUCAGACAAAGAGACCUUACCAUCCAUAACAUUUUAGAUUCUUAGAAAAAUGAUUAAAAUAAUGAAAAUGUCUGUGUUUAACUUUUUGAUCAAUGGAAACUUGGAACUUAAAUGGAUGUAAAGCAGUCUGUUUCAUUCUUGUAAUAAAAAGCACUAAGCAGUGGAUUAUAAAACAAAUAA